UGUGGUACAAGUGAUAUUACAAAAUUGGCUAUUGACUCAUUCCCUGGAGGACUAACAAUACUCCUUGACCUUGUGCAAAAAAGCAAGACAAGAAUGGCAGUUGAUCUCAGAAGAGUCAUGCCUCAUCUAAUGCUGAUAGCUGUUCUGAUGGUGUUUGCUCAAGACUUCAGCAGCAGAGGGCGAGCACAGGCAUGGACGUACAACUACAGCACAGACCCAAACCGGAGAUGGCAGGAGGCCCGCCAGUGGUGCCAGACGCACUUCACCGACAUGGUGGCCAUCCACAACCAGGAGGAGACUGAGUUCCUCAACAAUCUGCUGCCGUCUCACUCAAAAUAUUACUGGAUAGGGAUUGAAAACGUGACAGGAGUGUGGACCUGGGUAGAUACUAAUCAGACUGUUCCUCGAGAGGCCCUAAAUUGGGCGACAUCAGAGCCUAGUAAGAUACCAGGUCAGAACUGUGUGGAGAUUUACAUCAAGAGGGAUGUAGAGCCGGGCAAGUGGAACAACGAGAAAUGCACGAAAAAAAAAGGAACCAUAUGCUACACUGUCUCUUGCCGACCUGAUUCCUGCAGUGUUCAUGGUGACUGUGUGGAGACCGUAGGAAAUUAUACCUGCAAGUGCCAUCCUGGUUUCACAGGUCCACGCUGUGAAGAAGCUAUCGCAUGCAAACCUCUGCCAGAUCUGGAUCAAGGUUCUAAGCACUGUUUCAAUCCCUAUGGGUCCAAUCGUUUCAACUCUUCCUGUCAUUUCCAAUGUGAACUUGGCUUUUCGUUGGAGGGUGUGCCGCAGCUGCAAUGCCAAGCUAGUGGAACGUGGAGCAACUCUUUUCCUCUGUGUCAAGUGGAACAGUGUCAGGUUCUGGACCACACCAAAUUCAGCGAUGGUGCUAUGAGCUGCAGCCACCCCAUCACACCUUUCAGCUACAAUUCCACCUGUGAGUUCAGCUGUAAGGAAGGCUAUGAGCUCAUUGGACAGGACUGGAUACACUGUGACCACAGUGGCCAGUGGUCUGCCAGUGUACCAACAUGUACAGUGAAAAAGUGCCCCCCCAUUGUCUUUCCUGUCACGGGCAAUGUGACAUGUGUGGACGCUGUGGAGCCUUUCUCCUUUGGCUCCCAGUGCAAUUUCACCUGCCCGGAGGGCUACCUGGGAGAUGACACGCUCACCUGUAUGGCCUCGGGACAAUGGAGCAAACCUACACCAACCUGCACAGUUGUGCAGUGCAACAGUCUAAUGGCUCCACUCAACGCCUAUAUGCAAUGCCAAGAUCCUAGAAAAGAGUUCAGCUAUGGCUCAACAUGCAGCGUGCAAUGUGAGGAGGGAUUUGAUCUGAUUGGCACAAACAUGACGAAAUGUUCCUCAUGGGGCAACUGGAGUCAUGCACUUCCUCUUUGUCAGGCUAAGAGGUGCAAUCCAAUUGAUUCUCGUCCUCAUGGUUCUCUGUCCUGCUCUGACCCGAAUGGUUCGUUCCGUUUUCGCUCUCGGUGCACGACAACCUGCGAUGAGGGUUUUGUGCUGAACGGGACUUCCAGCUCUGAAUGCACCUCCCUGGGCUUGUGGAGCGCAGACAUUCCACAGUGCCUGGCCAAGAGGUGUCCACCACUGAACUCUACCUCCCAUGGCUCCUUACGCUGCUCGGAUCCUCACAGAGAGUUCAGUUUUGGUUCACGGUGCACAACAACCUGUGACGAGGGCUUUCUUCUGAACGGGACAGUUGACACAGAGUGCACCUCUCAGGGCACGUGGAGGACAAACGUUCCACUUUGUUUGGCUAAGAGAUGUCCUACUCUCAGGCCUCCUGUUCAUGGCUCUUUUUUGUGCUCUGAUCCUCACGGAGAGUUCAGUUUUGGUUCUCAGUGCGCAACAACCUGCGAGGAGGGCUUUCUUCUGAAUGGGACGGCUGACACUGAGUGCACCUCUCAGGGCACGUGGAGCAAAAGCAUCCCAGAAUGCUUUGCUACAAGAUGCCCUGUCCUCAGCUCUCCCUCUCAUGGCUCCUUAGUCUGCUCUGAUCCCCAUGGAGAGUUCAGUUUUGGUUCUCAGUGCACAACAACCUGUGAGGAGGGCUUUUUCCUGAACGGGACAGCUGACGCUGAGUGCACCUCUCAGGGCACUUGGAGCAGAGAAAUGCCUCGGUGUCAGGCACGUCAGUGCCCUCUACUGGCCGAUGUGCCUCAGCAUGGCAAGAUGAACUGCAGCCAUCCACAUUCUCCCUUCAGUUAUGGCUCACACUGUGACUUUGAAUGCAGUGAGGGCUUCCGGCUAAGAGGAGCAUCAGCAGUGAUGUGCAGCAACUCGGGCCGCUGGAGUCGAGAUCUACCCACCUGCCAGCCUGUACAGUGUAAGACCAUCAGUUCCUUGUCUUCACACCACUCUAUGAACUGCUCUCAUCCACUGGGGCAUUUCAGCUUUGGCUCUAAGUGUGUGUUCACCUGUAAAGAGGGGUUCUCCUUGAACGGGACAGCAGCACUGCUUUGUUCCUCCACUGGCGUUUGGAGUGACAACCUGCCCAGCUGCGAGGGUAUGUCAGUGGGGACUGCCAUGUUGCUCUAUACUGGUGUUGGUGGAGCCUCUGCUAUUGUGAUUCUCAUCUUGGUGGGACUGGCUUUGUUGGUCAUGAUGCGAUUUAAGAAGAAAGGAAAUAUGGUCGUAUCUGACGUCCAGUGGGAGGACAGAGAUAAUCCAGCGUUUGAAUUCUGAUUUCUUUGUUUCUUUCUUUAUUAAAUUCAAUGCAUGCUCUUUCUUCUUAAUAUUAUUAAUAUAAAAAGCACUGUAUUGCAUGGCAUGGCAUGGUCCCAAAACUGAUAAUUCCAAUUUCCACUCAGUACAUAUCAUUAUUAUACAAUACAUGCACGAUAAACAUACAUAAUUAUAUGUGCAGCUUUUGCUUUUUAUUGUGCUUGGUUGUCGAUUAAUGAUCAAUAAAGUGUCAGCUUGAAAAAUGGUUUCUAA